CUGCAUGCAGUUACGCUCGCGAUGGCCGAAGCUUUGGCUAAAAUCCCCGAUGUCGAGAUUGACCCCGAGGGAACUUUUAAAUACAUACUGGUCAGGGUGAAAGCGAAAGAUAGCGAUGCACACAAAGACAUUGUACGAGGCACAAAAAGUGCAGAGUACCACAAUCAUAUAUUUGAGAAAGUAAAUGCGGCUCUGGAGCCAUUGGGAAUGGAGUGUAAAUGCCUCGGAGGAGGGAAGAUAGAGCACAACAACACGGAGAAAAAGCUGAGGGUGUUCGGAGAAUCGACUGCCUUUGGGAAAGCAGACCAUUCAGUGUCAGUUGAAAAGCUGAAGAUUGUCUUCUGUGAUUAUGAGGUUACCUGGUCUGAUGACAAAAAAUAA